AGGGAGGCUACAGACAUGGUAGAGGAGAGGAUGGGGGACUGUUGGAGCCACACAAAGGAUCAGUUUGACAACUUGGAGAAGCAUACACAGUGGGGGAUCGAAUAUUUGGAGAAGUACACCAAAUUUGUCAAGGAGAGGUCAGAGAUUGAAACCAACUAUGCAAAACAAAUUAGGAAUUUAUCAAAGAAGUAUCAACCCAAGAAGAACUCACGAGAAGAGGAAGAGAGCAAGUACACCUUCUGUCGAGCCUUCCUGACGACACUUAAUGAGUUAAAUGACUACGCGGGUCAACACGAGGUUAUAGCGGAGAACCUGACGUCUCAAAUCAUCGCUGAGCUUUCGCGCUACCUUCAGGAGCUCAAGUCUGAGAGAAAAUCGCACUUCCAUGAAGGGCGUAAGGCACAGCAGCACAUCGAGAGCUCGUGGAAACAGCUGGAAUCAUGUAAAAGAAAGUUUGAGAGGGACUGUAAAGAGGCAGACAGAGCACAGCAAUACUUCGAGAAGAUGGAUGCUGACAUUAACGUGACUAAGGCAGACGUGGAAAAGGCACGACAGCAAGCUCAGCUGAGGCAGCAGAUGGCUAACGACAGUAAGAGCGAUUACUCCUCCUACCUGCAAAAGUUCAACCAGGAGCAGAACGAACAUUACUUUACGGUUAUCCCCAACAUAUUCCAGAAACUUCAAGACAUGGAGGAGAAAAGAAUUGAGAGGAUAGGAGUGUGUAUGAAGACGUUUGCAGACGUGGACCGCCAAGUGCUGCCCAUCGUGGGGAAAUGUUUAGAUGGCAUGACGAAAGCCGCCGAGUCCAUCGAGCCCAAGAGUGACUCGAAACAAGUUGUGGAGUCCUAUAAGUCUGGGUUCGAGCCGCCGGGAGAUGUGGAGUUUGAGGACUACGGCCAGGCCAUGAAGAGGACCGCGUCUGACACCAGCCUGUCCAACUCAAGAGAGGCGAAGGAGAAGUCUGCUGGCAAGAGCAAAGGCAAACUGUGGCCUUUCAUUAAGAACAAGAACAAGGGCUCUGGACCAGAGGACUUCAGCCACCUGCCACCAGAACAGAGGAGGAAGAAGCUGCAGGGCAAGCUAGACGAACUGAAUAAGGACAUUCAGAAAGAAAUGGACCAGAGGGACGCUUUAACUAAGAUGAAAGACGUGUACGUGAAGAACCCUCAGAUGGGAGACCCGACCAGCGUAGACCCCCGGCUAACAGAAAUAGGCCAGAACAUCGAGAAGCUCCAGUUUGAAGUUCAGAAAUUUGAGGGCUGGUUAGCAGAGGUGGAGGAGAGGAUGCCAUCCAAGAGUGAUACACACCGGAGAAGUGGACUCUAUGAGACCCAGAACAACACAACAGUGGGCAACAACUGUGCGCAGGACAGAGAGAGGCCCUUGAGCAGCCCGGAUGGCAGCUACACAGAGGAGCAGAAUUCAGAGACUCAGGUCAAAGCAAACAUCAACCCCAACCCCACCUCCACCACGCCAGAGUUUGACGAUGAGUUUGACGAUGAGGAGGCCCUGCCCACCAUCGGCACCUGCAAAGCCUUGUAUCCAUUUGAAGGUCAUAACGAGGGCACCAUCGCUGUCGCAGAGGGCGAGCUGUUGUACGUCAUAGAAGAAGACAAAGGGGACGGCUGGACACGAGUGCGCAGGAAUGAGGACGAGGAGGGAUACGUCCCCACAUCCUACGUUGAGGUCUUUUUGGAAACAAAUGCCAAAGAUUCCUAAAAGUGCGAGGCUGGCUGAGGAGUGGCAGGGCAAGCAGCCUCGGAGAAAACCACCAUGUUCCUCACGCGCUGACAGAGUCAGAGAAAGCGAAAGAUGACCUGAAUCUAAAAGAAAGCGAGAGAGAGAGAGAUGGCUGAUUAGAACGCAUCUCAAUUUUCCAGACCAUGACAAAAAAAGAAACUUAUCGGCAGUGUUGCGCUUCCUCUGCAGAACUCUGCGAUGUGAAGUGGCGAUAAGAGAAAUCCAUCUAAAUUUUAGCUCUCAUAACCUUUGCCACUCUUAACCUCCAUACAGCGGUCACAACCACAGUGUACAAUUUGCUUUUUGCUGUUUUUAGCUCUGCUUCUUAAUGUAACUAACUCCGCUUGCAACACGCGCGGCCAUGAAUGUGGCUGUUGGCUUCCUCGCUCUGAACGCCCCCCUCCCCUCUUUGCCCUGAUUGCACACACACACACACACGGCAGAGGGUGUGGUCAGAGACAGGACGGAGACCGGCGAGGACCCUACGGACAAAAGGCGAGCAGUCCAACACCUUCAUCCAGCGGUGUGUGUUUUUGUCUGUGUGUGUGUGUGUGUGUGUGUGUGUGAGAGUCAUGAACUCCUCACUCACUGGCUAAAAAUCCCGAGCUCAUCCGCCUACAUCUGGGCUUCACCCCUCCCACUAUAACCAGCUCCAUGUUCGCAGGUUUUCACCCAGUAGGCAAGGGAAGGAGUGAAGGUGCUGGUCAUCUGUCUGUACGCUCUGUGCUGCUGGUUUAUGUCGCGUGUUUGUUUGUUUGAAUGCUUGUUCGCGCGUCUCAUUUCGAAGACCUUGUGUGUCGUAAUGUCCCGUUUUUUUGGACGAUCACCCCCGCACAUGCAGGACAGCGCUGGAGGGAGAAGAUGAUGGGUCAUUCGCCAUCACUCAUCUUACAAAUUCAUGUCUUGUCGCUGGUGUCUGUUCCUCUCUCUGACCACCACGCCCUCACCCCACCCCCCCACCCCCCGACCUCCACGGCGCCUCCCUCCCUUAGGCGGCUCAGGCUCUCCCUCGGCUGCUUUCAGCCUCCCCGCCACCUUUUUUUUGUUGGUUUUUUUUUUUGGCAACAGCUCGGGGCGGGGGCCUCUCAGCGUUGUGGUGUGCUGCAUGCUUGCCCUGUCUUCCUCCUCGCCCCCUCUGCUGGCAAGCCGAAGGAGGUGAUGGGGGUGUUUGGUCAGCGUACGCCCCCCUUGCCUCCAGCCUUUCUGUUCAGUUAACCCUCAUUGCCUGGUCGUACUGUUUGAAUUAACCUGAAUGCUACUGUUUGGGUUCAGUGCCUGUGGUUCUUUUUUUUUAAUAUCUCUUUUCUUCUGUUGUCCAGAAAGCAUGAUUUCCUGUUUUUAACAGCGAGUGAGUCAUCUCCUCCCAGUGUUCCCCUCUUUAAUCUCAGAACUGUCAGUCAAGGACGAUAAGGACCCGAAACCUUGUUUUCUGAAUGAGCUUAUGCAUAGGUAGGCCAUAGAUGUCUUGUACAUUUCUUUUACUGUAAGUACACAGUACAGUAUGUAUGUAAACAUGUUAGUAUUGUAUGUUUUUGAGUGUCUAACGCAAGUUGUUGUUAGUUUACAGUUAAUCACCUUUUGGAAAUGUGUCCACUCAACAGCAACAAGCAACAGUUUACCCAAAAAUAAAAGCUAUAAAGAUAUGAUUCACACCUUUUUUUAGGAUGGUCCACUUUAACUGUCUGCUGUAUAUGAAAAUAUACUGUGAUCCACAUUUGACCUGUGAGUUUGUGACUGAUGGAGCGCCUCGGUAUGGUCACGGUCAGUGUUGCCAGAUUGGUUUGAUGUUUUCCAGCCUGAUAAUUGCUCAAAAUCUGCACAAAUUUAUUGAAAAGUGGCCAAUUUUAAUCUAUUAUAAGGAAAUGAAAUCAAAAACUACAUUAACAGUAUUGUGGUUCAUGAAAAUUUUUCAAUAUGACAUAAUAAUAAAGCAUCAAUUCAAGUGUUCACAAGUGUGCUAGAACACAGAUAAGAAGCUCCAUCACACAAUGCAACUAUAAAGCUUCUCCAUUUCCGCCUUAAAAGUAAAGACAUAAUAAAGGAACAGCUCACAUAAUCAUAAUAGGUUUUAUCAAACUUGGUAAACUGCAACAAGUCUUGACAGUAUGCCACCUUUAAGUGUAACACACACACACACGCAUGCAUGAAGGGGAGAAAAACAGAAUACACAAUCUGAAAAUAUAGAUGUGCAGAAAUGCUGUAGCUGUGUGUGUUUGUAGGUUAAGCCACGAGUUGGUGGUGAUGAUGGUAACUCGUAUCUCCUCUGAGCAGAAUGAGUGAAAGUGAUGUCAUAUCAUUGGGCUGAGUGACUGCAUGUGUUCGCGUAAUUAAGGAAUAUAUUAAUAUAUUUUGAAUAUACUGUAAAUGUAUUAACCAGGCCAGCUCAUGGUACACCGGGUCAAACCCUGCACACCUGCGCAGGCCCAGUUCACCCAGCACAAUGCAUCCCAAAACUGCUUAAUCGGCCAGAAAACCGCCCAAUCUGGCAACACUGGUUAUGGAUCGUGCCACUUCGCCUCCGCAACAUCGCUGGUUCGAUCCCAGCCAGCGACCUUUGUUGCACGUCAUACUCGUCUCCCUCCUCCACUUCCUCUUCUGUUUAAUAAAAAGGUGAAAGGAGUACCUGAAAAAUCAGAAAAGAGUUUGUGACUGAGAUGGGACCCAGGAUCGCCUUUUUUGUGGGCCUGAACUGGGUUUCUGCGAGGAAGAGUGAUGCUGAUGGGAGCUGUGGUAUGAUGGAAGGUUUAAGAUGUGAUUAUCUCAAACGUUUCGGCGGCAAAUUUGAGAGUUUUUCUAAUCAGAAAGAGAGAUCCACUGAUUCCCCUCCUGCUCAACGGCACAUAAUGUACGUGAUUUUAACAUUUUUGUUUUAUAUUUGAUGAUGUUGAGAUUCUACUUUCUUUCUUUUUUUUGUCUUUUUUUUAAAGCUGGAAAUCUGUGUGUAGCUUUUUCUGCUUGAAUGGGACAAAAAUCCCUUAACUGCAAAUAUGAGUAACAAUUGUUUUGGAUGAAGCCAUUCUUAACUAUUCACCUGAGCAGCGUUAAUGAACACUCACUGAAUGGAGCAGCGAUGAACACUUUGACCAUUUGGACUCUUGAUGGAAGGAAUGAUCGAAUCCCUGCUGAAUGAAGCUUGAAAGUACCACGUCUGCUUCUCACAUCGCUCGAUUUGAUAAGAUGUCAAACAAGCCAGUUUUUUUUUUUGUUUGUUUGUUUUCAAUGAGAAAUGACAAGAUGAAUCUGAUGAGGCACAGAUCACCGCUUUGAGGGCAGCAGUAGCUUUACAGCAGCCUUCUGCCUGCCAGUUCUCUGCAACGAGACCACCGCAAACCUUUUAGCCCCAGAAUAACCCGCCUGUACAGUGGAAAUGGCACGUUGGAAUUAGAGAGAAUAUAUAUGAAUAUAUAAAUAAAGUUUAAAAAGGAAAAACAUCUAUUUUAACUAUUGAGAGUCUUACAAUUUCUUUAUCCGCUUUGCAAAGUAAGACUUCUUUUCCUUUGUAAGGUCUACCAAAUGGUGUGUUUUGCACUUUUUUGUUUGUGUUCCAUUUGGUAGCCCAUGCUUGUGUUUUGGAGCACUGAAUACUUUGUAUUGUGUUUACUGUGCCAAUUAAAUAUGCCUGGAA